AGUCCCAACACACCCUUCUAGUAGAGCCGCUACUAGACAGCAACAGUCAGAAUUUUUAGUAGAUCCUAAGCAGUUUAUAAAAACAAAAAACUUGAAAGGAAGACGUCAAAUCAAAGAUUAGGAACGUUAGGCUCAUUUCGCACUAACGUUGUUGUCGCCCACUUGCUUCACAAAUAAAACCUAAGCGCCAUUGAGUCCCGCAGCUUGUAGCAGGCCGUUUUGGCUCCGUGAAAGUUUGGGGCGAGAAAAAGAUAAAAAUAAAUGUUGAGAGAAACACAUCAAGCAAGCAAGUACAGAGCAACAUAUCCUGAGCGGCACAUAAAACCGUACUGAACUGAAACCCAACAGCUUAUUUACCAUGAAGAGCCGUAGCCCUUACCAGUCAAAUAUAAUGUCACGGUCAAUGAUGGGCGAAGGAUCUUCAACGAUGGCACUGUCCUUAGCAGAGUCCGGUCGCCAGCAAGACGAGGAUGAAGCGGACAUUUUAGGCGGGGAUAUGUAAGCAUUUCAGCUCUCUUGUCUCAAGAAUCCUGGCAGGUCUAAAAAACAAAUCACUCAGGAACAGUACACAUUCCAAUUACAACAAAUAUUCGCACGAGAAGUAAGAGCGCAGCUCGUAUAAUCUUUGAUGCGCAAGAAAACAUUAUAUUUCGUGGGUCAGAAAAUCACCUUCCAUUGGCUGCCAGCCUGUGACGUCACCGCGGCUGCCCAAUAGUGAGACUUUUUCUUCUCCUGCUUCCUCUUUUGCGGUUGUAUUUGGCGCCGUCCGUACCGCGCCUUGAUCUCGUGCCGUAGCAGACGGUUAUCGGUAGCCAAUGAAAGUGCUCGGCUGAUCUGACGUCACAACACAGCGGAAGCAGACAGGAGAGAUCACUGCCGCUGCGCGCACUAUUGUAAGCUAAUUUUCUGCCACUGUGUGCCUGAUGUGUCUGCUGUACAGGAACAUGAUACUGGCCGUUAUUGCGGCGCUGCUGCUUGCCCUCGCAAUUGGACUACUCAUCUUCUUUCUGGCGAGAGGUUCAGGUAGGUUACUCCCAGCAGUGGGAAUGGCUCCAUUCUAGCGUUGUCAGUGGGAAGUCUGCUUGACGAGGAAGGAAAGUAUUUGGAGUACUGAGUAGCAAAUACUGAAAAAAAAAAGUAUUUUGAAUACAUUAAAAAUACUUGUCGUAUUGAGUAAAAAAGUAUUGAGGAGAGCACCAAAACAGCGGAAAAAGAUUUAACAUACUGUAUUUUGAGUACGUACUCAAGAUACGUACGAGUCUGGUUCUCCGUUAGCGUAAAUACGCAACUCUGAGAUAGCAGCUUUCGUACCCCAGUACGAGAGCCCGAGUACCCGUGUUGCUCGUCUAGUUCACGAAGCCAGAAUGCGACGCCAUACACACAAGUUUCUGAAAUGUCAAUUCCUAUGGGGUAGUAUGGUAAGAAUAUUUCUUUUUAAGGCGUAGACAAAGACGAUGAAGUUCCCGGCAUGCCCCUGACUAUCGUUCCUGUCAGACCAGUACCAGUUCCCUCCGUACCAACGCCAAAACACCAAACGCCAAAACCACCACCACCGCCAACAGCAGCACCACCGUCAGCACCACCAACACCACAACCAGUACCACCACCAACAAAACCAACAAAAGCACCACCAAAACCACAACCAACACCACCUACUCCACCACCAACACCACCUACUCCACCACCAACACCACCAACACCGAAACCGAAACCACCACCAACUCCGAAACCGAAACCAACACCACCAACACCGAAACCAACCCCACCAACACCGAAACCGAAACCAACCCCACCAACACCGAAACCAACCCCACCAACACCAAAACCAACACCACCAACACCAAAACCAACACCACCAACACCAAAGCCAACACCACAACCACCACCAGCACCACCAGGACCGCCAGGGAACCUCAAAGACUUCGUCAUGUGCACGGUCGGCGCACACUUCAAUGAACCGGACAAGUACAUCAACAUCCCGUGCGAUUACAUCAUACACGACAACAUGGUAGGGACUUCGAAAGGGAUUUUUCCAACUCAGGAUUUCACAGCUUGGGAAAACUUCCUCGAGCUUGUCGCCAAGAAACCGACACCAGUGCUUGGCAUCUCUUUCAUGGGUCGGUUCUACGAGGAUACUGCCUAUGGUUGGAAUACUGCAACGGCGAAAAAGGACAUGACGAGACUGGCUGACAUGGGGAUCACCGCGUACGGCAUUUCAGGAAUACCUCUGCCAAGUGCUACGGCUGAGGUGGACACCUUCGUUGCACAAGUAGCGCACUUUUUCAGCGGCUUGGCAAGUGCAAACUCUACGCUAGUGCAAAAAGGGCAGCAGUUCACCACCUUCUGCAGCGUAAAAAUUAACGCGAGAAGCGCUCCUAACCUUGAGGACUUUAUGAAGAAAUUCACAGGGGACCUGGUCGUCGUUGUAACGCACAACGCCCUUUUGCCGGUCGCUCCGAGCAACGUGAGCCACUGCAGCUUAACCCCCGCAUCAUCUUGGAAUCAAGGGGGCAACGAAUUGGCCGUAGCUGAGAGCGCCUUGUCAGGAAUGACUCCCCAGAUCUGUGUCGGCGUUUCUUUUACUAUGGCUGUUCUGUUACACGCUUACAAUACCACGAUACCUGCAAACGCGCCGCCGGCCACGUGCACGUACAAGUCCAUGGUGCGCUACGGGGAUUGGUGCCCAUACAGAAGUGGGGAAGCGUACGAUAAUACGAAGCUGACGACGACCAAUAUCAUUGGCCAAACUGUGGCCACCUACAGCACCACAAAGAGCAUGGAGGACUCUAUCAAGAAAUUGACGAACACUGUCAAGUACCCAUUUGGCGUGAUGCUUCAUGAUAUCCAGUUUGAUAUGCUCGAGACUGACGAUUGUAAGCCAGAAGAGUCUCUGGGAAGGGUGAAACACGUAGCUGGCAUAAUACACGGUCAACCACAUGGAUAAUAAUAAAUAUGUCAAACAUC